CGAAAUUCAAUACAGUUCGUUUCUUCACACUCUAUUGUAGCCUUGACUUUUGGCGUUCACACGGACUUAUUCGUUUGAUGUCGCUUCUCCUUGGUCGAGGCAUGGUUGCUUGUUUUCUUGUGUUCCUCGUAUUCUUAUCCCAAAGUUUUUCAGUCAGUUACCUGAAGUUCGAAAAAAUAAAUGGAGCAUCUGAGGAAUCUUUAAUUUUUCUGAAUGACGCUAAUCCAACAGCUCUUCUUGAUGCUUCAGCAAAUACUCAAAGGAUAGUUUAUUUUGCACAAAAAAGCCCACCAUUGGGUUUAAAGUUGAAUUUUGCUUGUUAUGUCAAUAAACAAGCGAAGCCUUUGGAUAAAGUGUCUUUAUGCUGCCGCAGUAGUGUGAAAGAUACCAAACGUACUUGUGUUCAGCCAGAAGCUGAAGGUACAUUUUCCUGUUUAAAUACCGAGUUUCGCUUCAGUGCUGACGAAACGACGGGGGCAAGUUUCUCAAUUUCUUUAACACAAGAUGGUCCCCUGAGCAAUCCAAUCAGCGGACUGUUUUCGUGUAUUGUCGGUACAGACGAACUCAAUGUUAUUGAAUCAAAUGAAAUAGAAAUACGAGAUGCUGUAUUUUACAUUCUUCAACUAAAGGGUACUCCUUCUACAAAGAUAGAUGUCGUUCCACCAAUAUCAGAAUUUCCGCAUGAGUUAAGGUGUGUAGAUGAUGUCAGCAUUGUAUCACGCUGGCCAUACUGGAUGCACCAACUAGAUGGCAGAUACGGACCAUAUAGAUGGGAAUAUUGUCUGACUACAGGCAGACCAAAUGCCAUUACGUGUUCUAAAAGGCCCAUUCAGUUUUCUCCUAAUUCUAUUGUCGAAUUUAUAAAUGGGAGCGUGUAUCUCACUGAUGCACUCCUAGUUGAGUCGAAGUCGAUAGCUAUCGUGUGUAAGCAUGUUGGACAACUUGGACCUAUUAGGACUUUUGCUGGAAAAGUUGCCGGUACUGAAUCCCCUGUGGUCCUUGAAGGUCUUUCAAUCGAGAAGACUAGGAAUUCCAGUACUACUAAGCUGUAUCCUUUAACAUCACUAACAUCAAGUUAUGUCAUCAAUAAAGGUACCAAACUUCAAGACUUUAUGCUUAAAGCUUUAUAUCGACAACCUCAAGGGGACUAUGAAUUUCAUUGGUUCAAGGAUGAGCAGAUGUUACACAGCAGGAUUGCGACAAAAUACAGUUAUACACUUCCUAGUCUUAUUGAUGAGUCUGUAUCAGGAGUUUACUCACUCGUUGUGAAAUCGAAUGAGGAUAUUUCCGACAGGUUAAUAUUCACAUACGAUGUUAAAGUCGUUUCACCUCCUUUCUUUAAGGAUCCAAGAUGUUUGAAAGAACUGUUUUACGUAAUGGAAGGGAAUGACUUCGGCUCUGUUUGUGAGUUUGAUGGCAGGUGGAAUACAGUUGUAUUUGUCGGUGUGGCUUCGUUUGAAGCAUCUUCGUAUCAAGAACUUCGCAUGUCUAUUGAUAAGAAUCUCAAGUACUCAAAGCAACAACUUUCCCAGUUGGAUAUUAUUUUUCAUGUAGAUGGAGAAGAAAUGAAUAAAAGAAUUACAGUUAACAUUACAAAACUUAAACUUAAUCAGGAUUGUGAACUAUCUAUUCGUUUACAUUCUAUAUACGGUCAGUCACGCAUAUCGACGUCACUUAAAGUUGUUCCUAAGCCUCAACUCACAAUAUCACCUUCCGAUGAAAAUUGUAUAAAAGGCUGUGAUGAAACUCCGUACAAUGUUUCUUGUGCACUAAAUCAAAAUAUUGUUCAAGAAUGGAAAUCAAAGUUUAAUAUAGAACCAUCUAUUGAUUGGAUCAUUCAAAAUCACUGGACCAAAGCACAUUUGGAAUCUACUGGUUUAGGACAAUUUAUAACUUCUAAUGGUGGACAUGAUACAACCCUAACAGUAUGGCCAGUAGGUAAACCAAUUCCUUUUAUUAUUAAACAUGAAGAAAAUAACAACAAACGACCAAAAGAAGAAUCUGGGAUAGAGGAAGAAGAAGAAGCAAUAGAGAAGGAGAUAAUGAACUUGGACACUGAAGAUGAACCUGUUCAGAUACCUAGUACGACGACACUAAAACAAUUUCUUGCACAAAAAAUAGGCGGAUCUGAAGCUCAGCCGCCGAAAGAUCUUAUUUUAAGCUGUUGGAUUCGUUUAUCGGUUAUUGGUAAAGAAGCUGAAUUUGAAAUACCAAAUGGAUUAGUAUCACAUCAGUCAUUUGCACGUCAAGCUCAAUUUGCACAAUCUUCUGGUAUAAAUCGUUUAAUCUAUGAUUCCCGAUGGGAAACAGACACUGAACUAGCGAAACGAUUAACCGCUGUUCGUACAUUUACUCCUGAUAUGAUACCUGCAACUGCUAGUCUCGCAUGGAUUGCAGCUGUGAUUAUCGGUGUAAUUAUUUUUAUAGUUGUGAUUGCAUCAAGUAUAUGGUUGUGUACACGUGAUCGUGGUGAAACUUACAUGGUAUAUGAUAAGGAACGUGCACAUGGAAAUGAUCCAAUAGAAGAACUGAAAGAAAAAGAAACAUUUCAGACAUUUCAAAGACAAGAGGAACCAAGAAUUGCAACGAGUCGUUAUUCUUUAAAUGAUGGCAGUGUACGUUUCGAAAGUGAAGAUGACGGGGAAUUAGAUGAAUAUGCAGGUGGUCCACAAACGCAUCCAUUACUUACAACAACAAUAUCUGCACAGCAGGAAUUGCAGCAUCAAAUAAACUCAAAUCAUUAGUUAUGCGAUUAAAUAUCAGUUAGUGAAGAUAAUUUUAAUGAAGAAGCAUCAUUUCUUGGUCAAUACUCUGGUAAUCGUGCAAUAUCUAAAAAAUCUAUUCAUCAUAUGAAAGAAGCUUCACCAGAAUUAUCAACUAUUGGCAUUUUUAAUACUACUACUAAUACUACUACUACUACUAAUACUAGUGAUAAUUCUGAUCUAUUACAUCAUACUGCUGCUAUGUCUACUUCUCCUAAUAACCAACCUAUUCAUUUUAUCACUCGUGAAAAUCAUCAAACUGCUGUGUAGUUCCAUUCCAUUCCACUCCAUUUAAUUCAAUAUAUACUCAUUUACAUGUCAUUCAUUUCUCCUGGGGUUUUUUUUAAUAAGCCAAACCAACACAAUCACUGCUGAAGUAUUAAUUAUUCAUUUAAUGCUAAAAAUUAUUAACCAUUGAAGUGCUUUUAACCAAAAUCAUAUUUCUAGCUUUCUAUAUCUUUUUUUAAAAAAAAAUAUUAUCUAUCGAUAUAACAUUAUUACACUUUUUAUUCCUGUCUCCUUAUGUUACUUGAAGUUACCAUGAUAAUCUAUUAGUCACCAACUAUCAUCUACUACUCAUCUUUAUCUUUGUUGUAUUUCUUAUUCACACAUUUGUAUAUUAUCCUUUAAUAGACUUUUUCUAUUAACUAUCUCCCCCUCCCCUUAUGUUUCUAUUCAAUAAUUGAUUAUCACUGAUAUCAUCAUUAUUGGCUAUCAGAUCAUUAAUACAACGAGUUGACAAAUUAUCCCACCCCGUCCCUCCCUCCUUCCCCAAACAUACACACACACACACUUUGUUUGUGUAUGGUUGUAUGCUGAUUUCUUAUCGUCAUACAACAAAAUAAACACCAUAGCAUUGUAAUAUUAGUAGUAUAGAUAUGUAUUAUUCAUAUUUUAAUGUUUCUUAUCCUUUAAUACAAUUGUGAAUUCUAUUUUAGAAUUAAAAUCACGAGCUCUCUAUGUUUGUGUCUAUAACAUUGAAGUUUUUUGUUUCUGCCUUGUUGUAUGUUGUCAUAUAUUGAUAGGAUUAUCUAAUCAUAGUUUUAAUUGUGGAUCUAUCUCUACUCCUACGAUCCGUGUCAUUUCGACUAUUUUCCUUUUUUUGUUGUUGUAUUUAAUCAGAAACAAAACAACACAAAUACAUAAAUCAUGGUAAUUUUUUUCUAUGCAUUACCGCUUGCAAAAUGAUGAUGUAAUACACAUAACUGGCUGCAUAUUUAAAUUGGCUUUAUUAUCUAUCACUACUCCAUCUUUUUUUUCCUAACUUAUGGUGUUCUUCCAUUCGGUUGAUUACACUAGUGCUACCACUAUUCUGGUUGUGAGCAUAUUUAUAUAUAUGUAUGUGUGCAUGUGUGAGUUUAUCACGAGUCUGCGUUGAAUUGUGUUUAGUUUUUCUAUUUCUCAUAUUCUCCUAUUUUGUAAUUUUUUUAUCUCCCCUAAUUUCCAAACCUUGAAGAAAAAACACUAUACGCAGCUAUCACAAAUCUCCCAUGAACGUUUUGUUAUGAAGAUCCAUCUUUUUUAUACACAAAAAUAUAUUGUUAACAUGAUUACUAAUUGUUAUUUUUGUGAGUACGUACUGAUUUUGAUUGGGUCGUGAGUCGUUAAUGCCACUGAGG